AUGUUUGGGCUGCUCCUGUGCCUCGCUGUGGCUUACUUGGUUGCUGCAGAUCAGAUCAUCUUCCACGAUGGACCAAUAGAAAGUUAUGAUGAAGACAAUAAAUGUAUCUGCAGCAUAGAGCUCCCCGACACUACUUUCCCUUCACAUCUGAUGGUUAUCCUGGAAAACGCUUACAAGAACCUGACUGGUAUUUCUGAAGAAGAGGCGCUCAAGGUUAUGAAACUCCAGACAGACUUGGCAGCAUUUAAUGAAACUAUGAAGAAAUUAACCGCAACAGUGGAGAAGAUUGAGAUGGAAGGUGUCAAGGACGAUGAAGCUUAUAAAGACAUCCUAGAAAAAAUUAAUAAUACGAAGCGAUGGGCUCGGGAUCUGUCUCAAGCUCUAAGUGAAGCUGGUGUGGGCAUUGCAGCUUUAUCCGAUCAGGUCUCCAAUAUCUCCAGUAUUGUGUGGGAACUAGAAAAGUUUGAUGACAACAAAGUGUUGCUGACACAUAGGGAAAUAGCCUCUCUCAAGAAACAACUGGCCGAUUGCGAAGACUCUCUUAGAAAUCCCAAUUCUGGCCUCUCUGCCUCUGGAAACUGGACUCCAGAGUUUGGUAAAUGCGACAACAAGGUGAUGUUAAACAUUAGCAAGCCACUUAUAGUGAAACUCAACUGGCGAGGUUUAAGCUACAAAUUCGGAGCUUGGGGAAAGGACUUUGCUGUUGGAAACAAGAAUCCGGAUAAAUACUGGGUUGCCCCGCUCAACACAGACGAGCGUUUGUUGGAAACCUACCGCAUCUACAACUCCUAUUCCGAACUGCUGCUCUACAAAAACCAAAUAGAGAAAACCCUUUCUCAAUUUGUUGGGUUCACCUGGAACUACAUCAACUGCGGGCAGGGAAGCGGAACCAUUUUGUACAACGGCAGCUUCUAUUACAACUGCUACAACUCCAGGAACCUGUGCAAGCUGGAUUUGGCAACCAACAAGGUCCAGCGCAAGGUCGUCGAAGACGCCGUGUUCAACAACUGGUACUCUUAUAAUGGUGUCAAUUGGCAGGACUUUGAUUUCUCCGGGGAUGAGAAUGGACUGUGGAUCAUUUACUCCUCGGAAAAAAGCAAGGGGAAAAUAAAGAUUGGGCAGCUGGAUCCCAAUACUCUGACAAUAGUCAAGUCGUGGCAAACUUCACUGUACAAGCCUAAGGCAACCGGCACCUUCAUGAUCUGUGGGGUGAUGUAUGCCUUGAUGCGGGAGAGUGACCACAAGGAGAAGAUCUUUUACAAAUACGACACUAACACGGCCACAGAAGGCACUAUGGACAUCAUCCUGGAAAAGCUCACAGGCACACCGCAAAGCAUAAACUACAACCCCAAUGACCACAAGCUAUACAUGUACAACGAUGGCUACUUGGUCAGUUAUGAUGUGAUAUUCCGACGCGUACCCCUGUUCCAAAAGAGGAGCGUGGUCAGUGUGGAAGAGCCAGAUACUUUUGCGGUGGUCGGUAAAAACCACUUCAGCUCGCGAGACUUUGCCAUAGCCUGA